CUCUCUCCCUCUCUCUCUCUGGACCUAUCCCGAAGCAUAACACAAGACUUGAAUUGAAUUCAAGCAGCAACAACUUCAUUCAUCAUGUCGAUCGUACUGCCGGAAUUGCCGUGGGCGAAGGACGCCCUCGCUCCCCACAUCAGCGCCGAGACCAUCGAGUACCACUACGGCAAGCACCACGCCGCCUACGUGACGAAGCUCAACGCGGCCAUCUCCACCAACUCCGAGCUGGAGGGUAAAAGCCUGGACGAGAUCAUGAAGACGGCCUCAGGCGGCGUCUUCAACAACGCCGCUCAGGUGUGGAACCACACCUUUUACUGGAAGUCCCUCAGCCCCAGCGGGGGCGGCGAGCCCACGGGCGCCGUCAAGGAGGCCAUCGAGGAGAAGUUCGGGUCGUUCGAGGCGUUCAAGAAGGCCUUCAGCGACACCGCCGCGGGGCACUUCGGCUCUGGGUGGGCCUGGCUCGUCAAGACGGAGUCGGGGGGAGUGGAUGUGGUGGGAACCCACGACGCGUCCAACCCGGUGAAGGAGGGCAAGGGCACCCCCAUCCUGACAUGCGACGUGUGGGAGCACGCGUACUACAUCGACUACCGGAACUCUAGGCCUGGGUACAUCGCUGCAUGGUGGAACCUUGUCAACUGGGACUUCGCCAACGAGAACUUGGCCAAGUGCUGAGAGAAGAGGGCGAACAGAACGCGGAGGAUCUCGAUUUGUCAUAAACACAUUAAUCACAACUACAGGCAUCGAGGGACACAUUUAAUCACAACCACAGGCAUCUCGAGAGAGAGGCGAUUUGAUUCGGUAGACGGAUAGUUUUAAAAAAGGGGUGGGAAGAGUUGCGCAUGGAUCGAGCGGUUGAGGGACAAAGGCGAUGGGAAGAGUGACGAAGCAUGGUCUGUUGUCUCAAACUUUAGCGAAGCACGGUCGGGAGAAAAGGCCAGAGAACGCGGCAGGUCGAGCGGAAACCCAGGAUUUGGAGGUGAACAGACACAUAUUUUGACGAUUUGAACCGGAGAGCGUCCCCAACACCAUCGUUGCCGAUUCGGUGUUGUGGCCUGUCCAGGGGAAUUCGGGGGUGGGGUGGGCGUAGUGGUGCGAGCUGUAUGUGCUCAUCGUGUUCACCCCACGCGACUGCCCAAACCUUUGAUUGUCGGCUGCCGAGUUUUUCUCGGGUGUCCUUUUUGCGUGAUCGUGAUCGUGAUCGUUCAUCGAGCUCGUUUUCGACACCAGCUGCGGUGAUUGCACGGGUAGAUUUUCGGAUGCUGUUCCCGUUUCGGCUGCGUGUGGCGAGCAAUCGCGGUUGACCCGCGUCGUGCCCACUGGCUUCCAGGAAAGGUGGUGUGUUGUGGUUCGGAAGCGAUAUAAUCUGCUGUCUCUUUUGGCGACGAUCAUCAUGAGCGCAAUGUGGAUGUUGUGCUGCUGCUUGCCGGUUCUGCCGCCCUCGCCUUUUGAGGUUGGUGUGGAAGGCCGCUAUUCACGACGAGGAAGAUGGAUGACAUGAGAAUGAG